UUUACAGACCAGGAAGCACGCCGCUUUCGGUCAUGUGACAAUAACAGUCUCCCUAUGGUCGGUCAAAACUUCUCUUGAUACUUUUUUGUAACUAUUUGCAAGACAAAUAUUAAUACAGCUAACGCCGCAGGAAGGAAGGUACGUAGGUGGUAACAAAGAGCUCCUUCUAAAGCGAACCGUGUCGCCCCGCGGCUGUCGGCUGAACGUUCCGGUUGAACCUCGGGUCGUCGGCCCCUCAGGUCACCGACAUGGCGCCGCUCAAGUUCUGCGCGAACAUCUCCUGGCUGUUCACGGAGCUGCCGGACUACAGCCAGAGGAUCUACGCGGCCGCCUCGGCCGGCUUCCGGGCUGUGGAGGCAGCCUGGCUCUACGAGUCCGACCUGGAGGAGCUUCAGAGAGCCAAGGAGGCGACCGGGGUGGAGGUGGUCCUCAUCAACACCCCGCCCGGAGAUGUAAAAAGAGGCGAUCUGGGUCUUGGAGCCGUUCCUGGAAGAGAGGUAGAGUUCAGACGGGGUCUGGAUCUGGCUCUGAAGUAUGCGAGAGCUUUGGACUGCAAGAGGAUCCACCUGAUGGCAGGGAGGGUUCCCGUAGGCUCACACAGAAUGGCGGUUGCCAAGGAGAUGGAGGCCAUCUUUGUGCAGAACCUAAACUAUGCUGCUGAUAUCUUCUCAAAGGAAGGAAUCACUGGUUUGAUUGAGCCAAUCAACACGAGGAUGACAGAUCCCAGGUACUUCCUGGACUCCCCUCAUCAGGCUGCUGCAAUACUGGAGAAGGUUGGGAAGCCAAACAUCAAGCUGCAAAUGGACGUCUUUCACUGGCAAAUAAUGGAUGGAAACCUGACACAGAACAUACAAAAGUAUUUACCCAUCAUUGGUCAUGUUCAGAUUGCUCAGGUUCCAGGCAGGAAUGAGCCCGACAGUGCUGGAGAGCUCAACUACAGCUACCUGUUCACCACACUGGAGAACCUCCACUACCAGGGAUAUGUUGGCUGUGAAUACAAGCCACUGGGCUCCACAAAGGAGGGUCUGGGUUGGAUGAAAGAGUGAUGAGCAGGUGACCUCAACGCUGUGCAGGUUUCAGGAGCUCUGCUUCAAGGAGGAGCUUCACACAGUUUAUAGUGGCCAUACACAUACAUUGUCAAUCUAAGUAUGUACUAUACUUUGAUGUAGUGUACUGUAUAUUUUACUGUUUACAUGACAAUUUCCCAUCUAAAUGUUGUCAUUAAAUCACCAGUGGUUCUAUCGCUCCAACAACACUUAUUUUCUCAAAUAACAAUAAAUCCUUUUAAGUGUAGCGAUUAAAACGGUUUGACCAUGUGUAGAUAAGCAUUUCACUGUGAAAAAUAAAUAAUUCUAAAAACCU